AUGGACCCCAUAACGAUCGACGUCCCCUCGAAAUAUUCCGGCACAUCGAGUAGCACCGGAGUCUCAUCGCCAGCUGUCGACUGGCUGUCGGGGACAUGGACCGUCACGCACUCGACCCUGAGCAUGUGGCGGUCCGCGCGCAACGUGCGCAUCACCUACGCCAAGCUCCCCGCCAAGUCGUCGGGCGGACCCACGCGCCUCGACGACCUGGUCGAGUAUGAGCCCCUCGGCAAGAAAUCCGGCGUGGUCAAGACCGUCGAGGGCAUCGACACGGGAGACGGGGAGGGCGGCUGGGACUGGCGCGGGAAGGGACUGCUCUUCUUUGUCGGGAGCCAUUGGGAGGUGCUGGCCUGGGGUGAGGCCACGGUGGGCGUCGGCGGCGGCGGCCGCGGGCACGACACCACCGGUGCUGGUGAUGGGGAGGUGACGGAACGGUGGGCGGUAACGUGGUUCGCCCCCACCGUCUUCACGAAGGAGGGGAUCGACGUGUAUUGCGACAGGAAGGAGGGCAUCAGCGACAGGACGUACGGCGCCAUCCUGGACGCGCUGAAGAAGGUGGGCAUCAAGGAGCUGAUCGACAUGGUGGAAAAGGAUUUGCGGCCGGUGGAAAUCAGGCUGCCUUGGGCUGCUGGCAAGUGA